UAUAUGGAAUGCAGAAAAACUUGGAAUCAUACGUUUGACAAUGGAAGAACAGCAGAAGACAAAGACGAAGGCGAAGAGAAAAAGAAGAAUCGCGAUGAAGAAGAAGAAGAAUGAUACGAGGAAUGAUGAAAUUGUUUUUCCUUUGCUGUUAGCAUCUUCUUGUUGUUCGAAACCUCACGUCGAAAAAGCCCUAAUUAAGAAAUGUUUGAACAAGAUACUACUUUCUCUCCCCCAAUUGCAUUUGCCGCCAUUCCUCGCAUUGCUUCCUUCUCUUUUGAAAUCCGACUGUGCUGAAAUCGUGUGUAAAAGUUUGGACAUCGUAGGCGCUGCGUCGCUAGCAAUGCUCGAGAUGAGUGAGCAGAUUGCCGCGGAGGAUGAGAUAGUAAAGAGAUUGAUCGCACUGGUGAGAAAUUCAGAAAGGGAAAUUGCGAUUGCUGCUUGCAAUGCUGUAUUGGAUUUAUCUGCGGCGUCAGCAGGAAGACAGCGGCUGCUUGAUUUCCGUGCAAUUGAGAAUUUUAUUCUAUGCUUGACACAGGGAACCAAAUCUCGAGGAGAUACAGUUGGUACUUCUGCGAAUAUGACACUGUUGAAAGAAGAUGAACUUUCAAUAUUACUUCUUCAGGGAGCAACUGACCUUAUUCACUCUUCGUCAAUUGAGCAGCUGCAGCUAAUACCAACAGACAUUUGUGAAACAUUUUUAGUGCAUUUAAGAGGAUUGUUGGGAGCUGUGCAUGAACAGAGGUUGCAUAGUACUUCUUCAACAUGUGAUAAGAGAAAUGAUUUUUUUGCAGGUAACAUCAGAGUAUGUAAUUUGGUUGAAAGUGUUUUCAUGCUAUCAAUCAAUCGUGGUCUGCUCCCAGAGUCCAUAUACAUUGAAUAUGUAAAGAGAGGUAUUUUUGGUUCGGGGGAAGCUAGUAUUGAGUCAUUUUUAUCCGAGGUCUGGGAGGUGUCUCCGAAGCUUUUAAGGAAUGCAUCAAAUGAUUCAUUGAGCGAGGAUAGUAUUUUCAAUCCUUUUCUGCUGUAUCAUCGUCUGAAAGAUGCAAUACCUUCUAGUCUCCCUUCCAUGCUAAAAUGCUUUACUUCCUGCCCUGCCAUUGUAGCAGAUGAGCUCGAUAUACUUCAUAUCAUCGAGGAGAUAAAGAGUCAUCUUGGUUACCCAAUUAUUUACAACCAGGAUAUCCGCGUUGUAAAAACACAGUCUGGAGAACAAGAGCUGCACUAUUUUCAAAAGCAGCCAGAGUCUCGCUGCUCCAUUUCUCCUCAUAUUUUCAGUAUUAAUGAUAUUUUGGAAUGUGAAGAAGCAUUUAAGAAGGGCUACUCAAUUGCUCUACGUGGUAUGGAAUUUCGCUGUCAAACCAUUUCUGUAAUUGCAGAUGAGUUAGCAUCUCUCUUUGGGCAGCCUUCAGCUGGUGUUAAUAUGUACUUAACUCCAUCUGAUUCACAAGGCUUGGCUCGACACAGUGAUGAUCACUGUGUCUUUGUAUGCCAACUCAUCGGUACAAAAAGAUGGAAAGUAUAUCCUCGGCCAGAUUCCAAGUUACCUCGCUUAUAUGGACCUUGCUAUAGCCUGCAUGGUUUGGAGGAUGAAGGUCAUGCGGGUCAUGAACACCAGCAGUUUGUGCUGAAAGAAGGCGACAUUUUAUAUAUUCCAAGAGGUUUUCCACAUGAGGCAAUAACCGAUGUGGACGAUGACAAUGUGGCCACUGUCAAAUUCUCCUUGCAUAUGACACUAGCCAUUGAAAUAGAGCCUCCAUUUGAGUGGGAAGGUUUUAUGCAUGCUGCCCUCUUUAGCUGGGAUAGUAAACAGAGACUACAGUACAAGUCCGAGGAUUCAGUUCAACGGAAUCUACACUUGUUAUCUAUGAUGCUGUUGCAUAUUGCAAUAAAAUUAAUCGGAAAUCUUGAUCCAGCAUUUCAGAAGGCUUGCUUGGUCGACGCAAUGCCAUUUUCUUGCUAUACUAAUAGAGAGUGGCUUCAAAAAAAUCAGAGAAAAACCUUUGGCUACUUGAUCAACAGGAUCAUGAGUGAAUCAAAAUUUUCAGAUGCAGUUUCACAUCUAGAAGCAACUCUACUGAAGAAUGAAGACCCCCUCGAACAUUUAAGGUGGAUGAAGUACCUCACUCUUGAAGCGGAGGAAAUAGAGAGUGUGUCUAAUUUGUGUAUACCAUCGGCAGACAGCAGGUACCUGUUUGAUCUACUGAUUCAUCACAAGGAUAUAGCAGAGGCUGCUUUCAUCCAGGUCAGGUCUAGAUUUUGUCAUGAAGUAGAGUUUCGGGAUGUAGAACUACAUUACAGAAUGCUGCUUGAGAAGUACAGGAAGGUGAGAAAGCAAUACGCUACUGGUAUGCUCUCACUCCAUUCUGCUCUACGCAAUGAACCUUAAUUUCUUUUGUCAUCAUAAUAUAUGACUCAAUUUUCACUCACUCUUA